GCUGGACCGCUGGAGUGCCACCUUUCCCCUUCCCCUCGCUCUCCCGGCCCCCCUCGCCCACCCUGCCGCCGUGCCGUACUUCUCCUCGGCGGCUCCCAGUCCUAAUUACCUCCCCGCCCGCGCACGACAGCGGCUCCCAGUAGCCCCCCCUAGCCACCCCCGACGGCGACUCCCACUACCCACCCUACCCACAGACCCAUCCCCUUUCCCCACGCGCGUCGGCCCCCAUCGCCGUCCCAGUUCAACCUCACCGCGUCCCCGCCGUCUGCACCCCGUCCACAAUUUCGGCCAUUGGAUUCCGAGAGAUAAUUUUGGUGUGGUCGAUCGAGACCGACCUGAGUUUGCUUGGAGCAGCCUGGUGAGGUCUUAUGCUGCCUUCUCAGGAUGAAAGGCGGUGUUCUGCAUAGGCUCCUUGUCAACAAGCUAUGCUUGGGCCUUUUAUUAGUUCUCCUCGUUGUGCCGAUUGUCAUUUUGUUGCUGGGCACAACUCCAGAACAGCUGAAAGUUCUCUCCCAAGGUUUCCUACAGCAGCCUGAACUGGAACAUAUUGGAGAUAAUGUAUCAGCUCUAGUUGUGCCUGCAGGUCCAGCUUAUAACGACGACACUCACACGAGUAUAACCAGACGGAACAAACAGAACAAAGACUGUAACUAUGCAAAGGGAAAGUGGGUAGCAGAUGAGAAACGGCCACUCUAUUCAGGCAAUGAGUGCAAGCAAUGGCUGUCGAAAAUGUGGGCUUGUCGAAUGAUGCAACGCACAGAUUUCUUCUAUGAGAGUUACCGGUGGCAGCCGCACGGCUGUGAGAUGCCUGAGUUUUCAGGGCCUAACUUGUUGAGCAGGUUGAGGCAUAAAACUCUUGCUUUUGUGGGUGAUUCCCUCGGGAGACAGCAAUUUCAGUCCAUCAUGUGUAUAGCAACUGGUGGUAAAUACAGCCCAGAUGUUGAAGAUGUUGGUUGGAAAUAUGGCCUUGUCAAAGCUCCAGGUGCUUUAAGACCUGAUGGGUGGGCUUAUCGAUUUCCAGAGACUAACACCACUAUCCUUUACUACUGGUCUGCUAGCCUAUCUGAAUUGGAACCUUUGAACACAACAAAUUCAGUGACUAGCUAUGCGUUGCAUCUUGAUCGGCCAGUAACAUUCCUGAAGAAGUAUUUCCAUGGUUUUGAUGUUCUAGUACUUAACACAGGUCAUCACUGGAACAGAGGGAAAUUCAGUGGAAAUCAUUGGGAAUUGUAUGCCAAUGGGGAGCCUGUAGGGAAAGGUAGACUUGCAGAUCUCAACCGUGCAAAGAAUCUUACACUGUAUAGCAUUGCCAGGUGGGUGCAUUCAGAACUCGCAAGCCGUCCUCAGAUGAAAGCUUUUCUGAGGACAAUGUCACCGAGGCAUUUUGUAAAUGGCGAUUGGAACACUGGUGGAAGUUGUGGUAAUAGCGUUCCCUUUUCUAAUGGAAGUGAGGUCUUGCAGGAUCAUUCAAGUGACUUGCCUGCAGAGUGUGCUGUAAAUGGAACUCAGGUUAAGCUUUUGGAUAUUACAGCUAUCUCACAAUUACGAGAUGAGGGGCACAUCUCAAAUCGUACUUUCAGAGCUCCAACAGGCAUUCAUGAUUGCUUGCACUGGUGCCUUCCUGGUAUACCAGAUAUGUGGAAUGAGCUUCUCUUUGCACAGAUUUAGUACCUGUAUACUGCACUUCAGUAAGGGCAUUUUCCUCCCAGAGGCCCAAGAAUCUAUUAAUGUUCCUGCUGGUGGUCUGUACAGGGUGAACUGCUUUCUACCAGUGUUAUUUGUGAACCAUCCAUGCGCAGGCGAUGUUUUUGGUCAUCCAUCCAUGCGUAGGUGGUUAACGGUGUCAAGAUGAUAGCAUUCUUUCCAGUGUAUUUCUCUUCAUAUUCUUAGCCCCGUUUCAGACCAGAUGCGGAAUUAGCUGCUACAGAGCCAUGUGUAGUGCUCCCCAGGCACGUCAAACCCUUUUCUUUUCUGUAAAAUGCCACUAUAUUUCCAGUUUACAAUGUGCAGCAUAUAUUCUGUAAAAAUGUUCAUACAAGUUGACCAAAGUUUUAGAUUAUAAAUAUAAAGUGGAACUUUUGGUUGAGUCUA